AUGGAAAUGCUGCUCCGCCGCCGAGGUGUCAUCUGCGAUUUAGAUGUGGGCGACGCCAAGCCAGUAGCACAACGACCCCGAUCAGUCGGUCCGCAUUUGGCAAUUAAGGUGUACAAGUUCUUGAAGAAGCUUUUGGAAGCUACAUUGAUUGAACACUCUGAAUCGCCAUGGGCAUCCCCAAUUGUGAUCGUGCUCAAGAAAAACGGAGUCGAUAUUCGAAUGUGCAUCGACUAUUGGGUCGUGAAUAGCUUCAUUCAGUUGUCGAACUAUCCACUGCCGCUGAUCGAUGAUCUCAUUACUGGUUUUGAAGGAAUGAUGUGGUUCAUGAUUCUUGGAAUGUCGAGUGGCUUCUGGGCAGUCCGAAUGACCGAGAAGGCUAAACUGAUCUCGGCAUUCGCCUGCCCGUUCGGGCAUUUCCAAUAG